AUGAAGUUAGUCGUUCUCCUGUUCCUCCCUUUUCUGUGUUAUGCACAAGAGCAUAUCAGCUAUGAUGGCACCACUGGUGUUAUCUACUCGCCCAAUUAUCCCGGAGACUAUCCUAACAGUGCCAACUACGUCUACACGAUUACGGUACCCACUGGAAAUUUCAUUCAUUUGACAUUUUUCGAUUUUCUCACCGAGGACUCGUAUGAUUACAUGACCGUUGAGAACUACACUCUUUCGGGAGACCAAACCGGUUUAGCUAUCGACAUCCAGGCAUCACAGGCGACUCUGACAUUCAAAAGUGACUUGACUACUACCUACCGUGGAUUUGCUAUUCAGUACGACCAGGUUCCAGUUGGAAGUGUUUUCAUGCCAUCCGACCAGUGUUCCAAUUGGAGUUUGACUAGCACAUACGGUAUUGUCACAUCUCCAAACUACCCAGAAAACUAUCCGGAUAAUAUGUCGUGUGGUGUCACGAUUGAAGUGGAAAAUGGGCAUUUAAUCUCUCUACAAUUCUUGGCGUUCGACACCGAGGACUCGUACGAUAUUGUCACUGUUUUCGAUGCGGACAACCAAGACGAUACCAAAAUACUGGGAACAUUCUCUGGUAAAGCGGUUCCACAGACGCUCACCUCCACAGGAAACCAUAUGCGCAUUCAGUUUUCCUCGGACUUGGUUAAAAACUUUUCCGGAUUCUCGGCACUUUAUACGUCAUUUGUGUCGAAUGAUUUCAAGAGAGGAGUUUUGCCACAGACCUACACCACCGACUCUAUUCUCAAGCGUGAGAAUCAGAAGCUUCUCGAAUGGCUCAAGAAAAAGGCCGGAUCGAAUACAGUUAUUAACACAAUUGGAUCUAACUAG